AUGGCAACAGUGGAUGACUCAAGCGUAUGCUCAGUCUGUAAUAAACUUCCAGGCAAACGCUUCUGCAUGGGAUGUAAAAAAUACUUUUGUUCGAAAGAUUUCAAAGAACAUGAAAAACAACUAUCGAUACAGUUCGAUAAUGAAAUAGUACGAUCUCAUGAUGAAUUGCUGGAUAUGAUUCAAAAAUUAGAAAAACCGGAUGAUUUAUCAUCAGAUGUUUUUGAUCAAAUUGAUCAAUGGAAAAAAUUAACAAUCAACAAGGUAAAACAAGCGGCCGAAAGAGCUCGUCAUGAACUUAUCGAAUUGCUCGAUAAACGGCGAACAGCAGUAACAAAACAGUUAGAAGCAAUAACAAAAGAAAUUCGUAGUCAUCGUGAGGAAGAAAAUUUCCUUGAAGAUGACAUUGCUCGACUUCGAACGAAACUUAAUGAAAUCCAAAAAGUACUUGAACAGUUCACUAGAAAAGAUACAAAGAAAGCUAUCAUAGCUACGAAUGAUCAAAUUGAUUGGGACCGAAUUAUUUACAUAGCAAAAGGAGAAGAAAUCGAAAGCUUAUCUCUGAAUACGAAUACGAAAUGGAUGCAGACUGGUGUCACAAUUGCUGGAGGAAAUGGGGCUGGUGGUGGAAUGAAUCAGCUUCAGAAUCCAGUAGGUUUGUGUGUUGACGAUGAUCGGACUGUUUACAUUGCUGAUUACUUGAAUCAUCGAAUACUGGAAUGGAAAUAUGGUGUGACGACCGGUCGAGUGGUAGCUGGUGGAAAUGGGAGCGGUAGCCGACUUGACCAGCUUAACUCGCCGGCAGCCGUAAUCAUUGAUAAAGAAAGAAAUAACUUGAUCAUUAGCGAUUAUAACAAUAAAAGAAUAGUACGAUGGCCGCGUCAAAAUGGUACACAGGGUGAAACGAUCAUUUCAAAUGUCGGUUGUUGGGGAUUGGCACUCGAUAACGAUGGAUUCGUUUAUCUUGCUGAUUACGAUAACCAUGAAGUGAGACGAUAUCGAAUGGGAGAGAAUCGAGGAACCGUCGUGGCGGGUGGAAAUGGAGCAGGUAGUGGUCUCAAUCAAUUAAACCAUCCAAGGUGCGUAUUUGUCGAUCGUGAUCAUUCCGUUUACGUGUCAGAUGAAAGCAAUUAUCGUGUUAUGAAGUGGAUAGUAGGUGCAAAACAAGGAGUCAUUAUGGCUGGAGGACACGGCGGGGGGAAUAGUCUCACACAACUAUUAAAUCCUUAUGAAGUUUUUGUCGACCAAUCAGGCACUGUCUAUGUUGUUGAUGGCUCGAAUUGUCGAAUCGUUCGCUGGAACCACGGAGCCACUGAAGGUGAUGUUAUUGUUGGGGGACAUGGACCAGGAAACCAAUCAAAUCAACUGAAUGUCCCCUUUGGCUUAUCAUUUGAUCGAGAAGGAAAUAUUUAUGUGAGUGAGCAUAGUAAUCAUCGAGUGCAAAAAUUCAAUGUUCAAAAAAGUUGA